CACAGCCACCGCCACCAUUGGUCGCCCCCUAGUUAUGCAUCUAGCUACCUACCCAGCUGCCUAGCUAGCUAGCUACCUCGCUAGAUUGUGACGGAAAAAUCUUAAAAAAAAUUCGCUUAGCCCGCAUUCGCCAUUCCAUCCGAAAAGGAACUUUGUUGCAAUUUUUGACAAUAUUCAUUGCUCAUGCUCUGAUCCCAAAAUAAGUAGGUGAAGCACAUCAUCAUUAUAUCAGAUGUACGACGUACAAGCAUAGGCCUCGCAUCCAUCGGCUUCCCGCGACCUUUACAAGAUCGUCGGUCUACCUCGUAGGCGGCCUGCCUACUGAGCAUCGUCCGGUGCGUCGUUCCAUUCUGCGUGUCCCGCCCACUGUCGCUUCAGCAGAGCAAUCCUUCGAUCGAUAUCGCUAAUCGCGAUAGAAAAUAAUUUAAAUUUUUUAUUUUAUUUUUCUGACAAACAAUUUUUGGCUGUUUGCAGUGUGGACAGGAAUUCGCUGUGAAGAUCAGAACAAGACCAAAAAUUACAAGAGUCACGUAUUUUGGACAACAAAAAUGGAACCUAAAUUAUUAGAGUUCUGCAAUAAAUGUCUAUUGCCUGAAUUGAUUGACCCGAGAAAAAGUCGGUCAAUGCCAAUUAGUAAUGUGCAAUUAUAAAAUCAUAUAAUGACUUCAAAAGUUUGCUUGUAUUCAUUUAUGAUAACAAUUAGAUUCAAAAAACUAAAUCAUAAAAUUGAACCUAAAUAAAUAAAAGUAUCAAAAUGAUUCGUGCUAACUGAUCAGCGCUCACGCACACAAAGAAACCAUUGUACUAUUGUAGUGUGUCGCAGCGAGUACUCCUGUCGAUAGAUCGUGUAGAUUUUGACUUGCGCUAAAUCGAAGGCGCGUUUUUAAUCGCUGGGCGGCUUUGCACAGAUCAGUCCGCACCGCUAUAGGCACCACUCCCCACUCGCAGCAGAGGUUCAGUGAAGAUGCCCGGAAAUAUGAAACAAUAUCGCGUGCCGUCGGUGGUGACGGUGCUCUGGAUCUUGUUCGUUGCACUGCCGAGCGGCGCUCAGCAAAUCAACCCGUUCACAUCUUUCAUAAACUUCUUGAAAGAAGGCAAAAAGCAGCACGACGAUGAACCACCGGAUCAAGCGCGUUUGCUCACCGAAUAUGAUUUCAUCGUCGUAGGAGCAGGGACAGCCGGGUGUGUCAUAGCGAACCGUUUAACAGAAAUGCCAGAUUGGAAAGUGUUAUUAAUUGAAGCUGGUGUCAAUGAGAAAUAUGUUAUGGACAUCCCACUUGUUGCCAACUACAUCCAAUUUACUAAAGCCAAUUGGAAGUAUAAGACACAACCUUCGAACAGAUACUGUGCUGGUUUUGAUAAAAAGCAAUGCCAUUGGCCACGCGGAAAAGUUGUUGGAGGAUCCAGCGUGUUGAACUACAUGAUAUACACCAGAGGCUCUCAACCCGAUUACGAUAACUGGAGGGACAUGGGCAAUGAAGGUUGGGGUUGGGAUGAAGUCUUACCUUAUUUCAAGAAGAUCGAAAAUUUUCAAAUUCCUUCAAUAAAUAAUUCUAAAUAUCAUGGAUAUGAGGGCUACCUCAAUGUCGAACAUGCUCCGUUUCGAACGCCAGUAAGCGAAGCAUGGGUUAGAGGCGCACAACAACUCGGUUUCAAGUAUGGAGACUAUAACGGCGAGGACCCAGCAAGUGUAUCAUUUUUACAACUCUCAAUGAAAAAUGGAACACGACACAGCUCUAGUCGGGCUUACUUACACCCAAUAAAUGGCAGAAAAAAUCUUCAUGUUUCCAAAGCUAGUAUGGUCACGAAGCUGAUUUUUGACGAGACCAAAAUCAAAGUAUUAGGUGUGGAACUGGAGAAGCAUGGCAUAAAAUACAAAAUAUUAGCAAGUAAAGAAGUCAUUCUAUCUGCGGGUGCAUUAAAUACCCCUCAAAUACUGAUGCUAUCCGGUAUAGGGCCGAAGCAACAUUUAGAUUCAUUGAAAAUCGAGGUUGUUAAAGAUCUGCCAGUCGGGCACAACCUGAUGGAUCAUAUGGCAGCAGGAGGCCUACAAUUCAUUGUGCGGCCACAAAACAUAAGUUUGAGCACUCGAUAUGUUUUGAACCACCUAGAUAUUGUCUUCAAAUGGAUGAAAACCCACAAUGGACCAUUGUCAGUUCCUGGUGGGUGCGAAGCACUUGUAUUUACAGAUUUAAAAGACAAAUUCAAUCCAAAAGCCUGGCCUGAUAUGGAAUUGCUCUUUAUUGGCUCUAGUUUAAAUGCAGAUCCUUUGCUUCAAUACAACUUCAAUUUCGACAAAAAAAUUUACAGUGACACAUUCGGACCUAUGGGAAACGCCGAUGCUUUUAUGGUAUUCCCAAUGCUGAUGCGGCCAAAGUCUAAAGGAAGGGUAAUGUUACAAAGUAAAAAUCCAAAAGCACCACCAAUACUAAUACCAAACUACUUUGAAUAUGAGGAAGACUUGAAGAAGAUUGUGGAAGGAAUGAAACUGGCGAUACAGAUUUCAAGACAGCCUGCUAUGAGAGCGAUAGGAGCGAAAUUGUAUGACGUACCGAUUAAGGACUGUUUGAAGUACGGGCCAUUUGGGAGUGACGAGUAUUUCGCUUGCCAUGCUCAGAUGUUUACUUUUACGAUAUACCAUCAGAGCGGAACGUGCAAGAUGGGUGUCGCCGACGAUCCCUCGUCUGUAGUCGAUUCAAGAUUACGAGUACAUGGUAUCGAAAGUUUGCGAGUGAUAGAUGCUAGUGUAAUGCCUGAAAUAGUUGCAAGUCAUACAAAUGCUCCAGUGUAUAUGAUAGCGGAGAAAGGAUCGGAUAUCAUAAAAGAGGAUUGGAACUGAUUUUAUACCAUAAAGAACAGUAUCGCUUUGCUUCAUACCUUCAGUAAUUCAGAUUUACUUAUGUGGCCAAAUAGGAUGGUGCUGUUAAUGUGAAUCAAUAAUUUUAUGUUAGUAUAAUGUUUUUGGGCAUGAGAGAACGGUCCACCAAGUGUAAUGAAAUAGCAUUUAUUAAAACUUAUUUAUUACCCAGGAAACAUUUAUGAUUAAUAAUAAAGGCUUAUCUGUGGUUUCUAUUUAAUAUAGUUAUUUUAUAAAUAUUUUAGUUUCAGUAGUGGGAGUGGCAGAGUUCGAAUAUGAUAAAAGCCCAAACGAAUGAUUGUGUAACGAAUUAUAAUUAUUUUAUUUGCUAAAUUAUAAAAAAUGUCUACUUAUUAUAUUAUUAAACAUAAAAAAUAUUGGCAAUUUAAAAUUGUAUUUCUAAAUAAAUGUUGUAUCACACAGACUGACUUUGCAGCAGUAGUGAUGGGUUUCUUUCCCACCGAGAUAUAGUAUAUUAUACUUGAAAACAAUUGUAGCUGUGAUUGUCAUUAUUGUUGACUAAUUAUUAAUAUAGGUAGUAUUGUUAGAAUAGUACCUAAGUCAUGGACGUUUAAAUGUAUUUCUAGAUAAAUAUAUGUACUUACAUAUGUAUCAUAGUAUGUAUUCUAGUAUCCCAUAACACAAGUAUUGCUGUGCUUACUUUGGGACUAGGCUAACGGGUAUGUGUUACAAAUGUGUUUUAUUAUUUAAUAUAGUAUUUGGUGAAUUUAGUAUGUAAACAUAACAUAAUUUAAAAACAAUAAAUAUAAUUGUGUGGUUAAA